AUGGCGAUGAAUGGGCAGAACCAUGGACCAUCAUUUUUGGACCAUCAUUUUUUACCUCAUUCCCUCUGGACCAGCGAGGGUAAAUUCCUCCACCACCACGCGACAGUCCUCUACUCCAGCGUACAUGUCAUGUGCAACAUCCCUGCUGGGGCACAGUUCGGCCCGUGCCUCCUUCAGAACACGUUCCAUGACACCAUCGCCUUCAUAGCGCUAAAAUCCUGCGACAAGAGAAGCAAAUCAUACGUGUUCAGGGUGGACCCCGAGGCUAUGCGGAGCUCUGCUCUCGUGCUGUCCUGGCUGCGUCUGGUGCAAGCGGCACGUCACCGGGAGGAGCAGAACACCGAAGCGUUCCUGAAGGGAGGCCAGCUGUAUUUCCGGACCACCAAGGAAAUCCAUCAGGAUGAGGAACUGUUGGUGUGGUAUGACCAGGAGCUGUCACAUCUACUGGGCUUCACUGACAUCUCAACCAGAGGACAUAAUGCCGAGCUCAAAUGUGCAAAAUGUAACCAGGUUUUCAAGAACGAGCAUCCCUACUUGGCCCACUGCCGCUUCCUGUGCUCGCAGGUGAAGAAUGACAUGCUGAGCAGAGAGGCCUAUGAACACAAACACAUUGAAAUAAAACGUCAACACCGCAUCACAGACUUCCACAACAUCGCCAGGGAUCUGGAACAUAAAGAAUCCAGCGCCAGUGAGGAAGCCGAGAUUUCUCUGCGGAAAAGGAAACAUGAGGAGACGGAUUACCCCCGAUGGAGGAAACCAGUGUUACUGGAGAAAACCAACAUCUUGAAUGACAACAUCACACAGAUAACCAGAGACUACCACCUCAUUGUGCCAGAGUCAACUGGCUCUGUUUUGAAACUGAAGGCGGAGAAGUACCAGCUCAAAAAGGACCAGGUGGAAUGCAAAAAUAGUGCGUUCACAGAAGUAGGAGCUGCAAAAAGGAGUGUUAUGCACAAGAAAGAAAAGCCAACAGAGGCUGAUUCUGAGACAGUGAGGGAGAUAAGCUCUGGUUUGAACUCCAAGAGCAACAACAGUGAGUUUUCAUUCAUUCUGCGCAGUGGACAGGAGGAGCAGAAAAGCGCUUUCUGUAAACCCAGUAAAGGGACUUCUUCUAACUGCUCUACAGCUCACCCAUCCAACACACCUGCCCCAUCGAACCACCUAGAAGACGUGAGAGACAUUUUUACCUCAAAGACUGUUCUGGGAUACAACAAUUUGUUGGCAUCUAAUAAUAUUAUGUUGAAUGGUGAUUUACCUGGCGCACAGACUCUACCCACACCGGUUACUUGCAAUGCUUUUCCUUACCCACCAGAGCACUGGUCCAGGAGCAUUGGAGCCCAAAUACAAACAAUUCUUCCUCCAACAUUUAGCUCCUUUGGGGUGUCGGUGCAGAACUGGUGCGCCAAGUGUAACCUCUCCUUCCGCAUGACUUCAGACCUGGUGUUCCACAUGCGCUCCCACCACAAGGAGUUUCUGGAGCGGUCCCAGGUGAGGAGGCGAGAGGAGAAACUCACAUGCCCUAUCUGCCACGAGUUCUUCCGGGAACGGCACCACCUGUCACGCCACAUGACUUCUCACAAUUAAAGCCUAUUGGACAUAAGAAAACUGAUAUUUAAUGAAAACGACAUCGGACAUUCUGUAUCUAAUUACAAGAGUAGACCUGAGUAAUUAAACAUUUAAUUACAAUUUGAAGUCACUAAKACCUGAAUGUAGGACCAUCCACUUGUGACUAUCGAUCAUUAUGUGUAAGGGCACAUAGGUGGCCAUUCAGGAUUGCGCACAGUGUCCACUAGAUGUCAACAGAAUACGCAAUAAGAAUACAUUGCACAUGACUUUACUUAUCUGCACAGUGCGUGAUAGGAAUAUUUUGGAUCAUUGUCCUGUUGUGUAGGUUGYAAAAUGACAUGUCUGAACUGUGCCUUAUGAAACUCAGGGUGGGACUGGAGAGAGACUGAAGGUAGCUUAAUUGCAGCUCUUGCUAUAGACCUUUUAUUGUUAAACAUGUUUUCAAUGUCUGUUGCUCAUUGUUUGASUAGACAUACAGUAGUACCAGAGCUUGUACAGAGAUGUGUAGYUUCAUUUAGCUGUUUUUGAUGAAAAACAUCAAAGCCAAACUCUACUAGCACUGUGUCUAUACUUAGGCCUACAUYAAGACAUUUUGUGUGAAACAUAUUGACCUUGUAUUACUUGACCCACCAGAMUCACUGGGUCACCCAUACAUGUGACACCCACAACCUGAACUAUUUUACCCAUUUCAUUUUCAUGACCUGAAAGGG